AAACUGAAGAAAAGAAAGCUUCUAGAAGAACUUGGAGAGAAUAGACUUCCAUAUCUGACACCAGCCGAUGCUGAUUUCCAUCAGUUGUGGAAGACCAAAUAUUCCAAGCUGAUUUUCAGAAGAUCUGAUACAGUACCUGAAGAGCUCCAUCAAACAGUACAAGAAGGCUUUCUGACUUUGCGGAAAUGCGACUGUUUCUUUCAAGAUCUCGUAAGAAUCAAAAGAAAAGAUUUUGUUACUCCAGUGUCUCGUCUAUUAAUUGGAGACCCAGGAUGCACUUACAAGUACUUGAACACAAGAUUAUUUACAGUUCCUUGGCCUACUGAAGGUUAUGAUAUAAAAUAUUGCAGUCCAGAAAUACAUGAUGCUUGCAAAGCAUUAAUCAGACUUAAUGACUACUUGCAUGUCGAGGCAGUCAAGGCAUUACAAGGACAAAAUUUGUUUCAGACCGAAGAUUUUAAAGAUACUACUGUAAUAGAUAGGGAACAAAAUUUUGCUACUUCCCUUAUGGAGAAAGGGUCUGUUUCAAAGGAUCAAAGCAGUUGUGUACUAGCGGAUGACUACCCAAGUCUAAAGAACAGAACAUCUUAUAACGUGACUUUAUUGAAUUAUAUGGAUCCACAACAAAUGCCGUACUUGAAACAAGAACCUUAUUUUGGAAUGGGGAACAUGGCAGUGAGCUGGCACCAUGAUGAGAAUCUGGUGGCAAGGUCGACGGUUGCAGUGUACAGUUACAGCUGUGAAGGUUCAGCCGUGGAAGGAGGUAAUGAACAAAAACCGGAGGGAAGAGACCCAGCUGUUUGGCACGUAGGCCUGAAGGUAGCAUGGGACAUAGAAACACCUGGAUUAGCAAUACCACUUCACCAAGGAGACUUCUACUUGAUGAUUGAUGAUCUCAAUAUGACUCAUCAGCACUGUGUCCUGGCUGGUUUUUCACCCCGAUUCAGCUCAACUCACAGAGUGGCAGAUUGUUCAAGGGGAACAUUGGAAUACAUAUUUGGACAGUGUGAACUGGCACUCCAGAAUUUACAGACUGAUUCUGAUUCGAUGGCUUUAUCUUUGAAAUCACUGGAAACUGCAGUUGUAAAGCAAGUAGAAGAAAUACAUAAUGAGGUUGAGUUUGAGUGGCUUAGGCAGUUCUGGUUUCAAGGCAAGCGGUAUUUGAAGUGCACUGAUUGGUGGCUUAAGCCUAUGGCUAAAUUGCAAGAAUUCUGGAGAAACAUGGAGAUUAUGACAAGCUUGUUCCUGUCUGAAGUUGGAAAAAAGGAACAAAUUGAGGAACAAAGGAAGGAAACCAUCAGCUGCUUCUUGCUAGUUCUUACGGAGCGACAGAAGCUGCGUAAAGAAUGGACAGCAAG